AGAGGGAGUCACAGUGUUGCUUCCAAGAUGAAGGCGGUAGUUGUUGCUGCUCCACUGAUUGUGUGUCUCUUGGUGAUCAUUAGUCCGGCCCCGACCGCAGCCAAUCCUCUUUGGAAUCUCGAUCAGGUGGGAGCCUACUUCAGUGGCAUCUUUCGCUCAAUUGUGGGUCCACUCUUUGGCUUCGGCCUGGGCACCAAUAGCACCGCCUUCUAAAGCUAUACAUAUCUGCUUACCGCACCAGUCCGAAGGGAACCGGCAGCUUCUCGAGCACGUCCACCACGCAGUCAUCCAGUUGCUUGAGGAUUAGUUGGGCGGCAUAGAAGCCGGCGGGUCCGGCUCCCACGAUGCAUAUCCGCUUGGUGGGCUUGGCACCCUGGAUCAUCUGCAAUCGGGCGGAACUCGUUUGGAGGCCACGUCUCCAGAUGUUAAGUAGACCCAUGCCCAUCGUAGAUCAUUCGCCGCGUCUUCUGUUUAUAUUUAGGAAAGCUAUAGAUUAAUACAGCUAUUUCAAUAGAUAUUCCAGCAGAUGAUCACCACUUAAAAGUUGUUUGUUAAUGAUGAUUUGUUAUUUACUCUUAUCUGCGGAAAGACCUUUGGCGGUGGUCUUAAAAAUACCCAUCAAAAUAGUACCAAAAUAAUGUAUUUACUCGCCUGUGCGUUUUGGUAACACUGACUGACUGCGGGUUUUCUGUUUUUUGAAGAAAAAGGCCCCUCAAAAAUGUUGAAAAUAUGUGUAGGACAAUUAGUUUUAGAUUAUCCUUAAAAAUAUUUGAAAAUUUAAAAAUUUGUUUUCCGGAAAUGGUAGUUACAGAGUUACUUCAACGAAAAAUCGAAUAGCGCGCCACAUUACUAUUUUUAAAAUUAUGAUUUCAAUUUUAAAUAAGAAUGUUUAUCAAUUUAGUAUUUACUGAA